AUGGCUGAUACUCUCCGACUAUUCAAAGCUCAAGCCAGUGCCUGUGAUCUGUCCUCCGAGGACUCAUCAAUGACGGCCGUCGUAGCUGGUAUUGUGAGCGCCGUUUUCCUGUCCGCAUUGACAGUCGUUCGAAUUGCUGGCAAACGAGCAGUCCGGAGUUGGGGACUUGACGACGCAUUUGUUUCUAUCAGCUUCGUUCUUGCACUGGUUACCAUUGGGUUAUCGAUCUACAUGUCAUACUGCGGUUUGGGCCAGCACAUGUGGAAUCUACAAGACGGGCAGGUCCUUCAUGUCCUCGAGGCCCUGUUUAUCGCGACAGCAAUCUUUCCUGUUCUCAUGGCCUUGAUCAAGAUUUCCAUCGUUUUGCUCUACCUCGAUAUCUUCCCAUCCCAGGGUUUCCAGACGUCGGCAUGGGCGGUCGUGAGCUUCAUCUGUUUUUCUGGCCUUGGCAUGGAGCUUUUCGCCAUAUUCACCUGCAGCCCAGUUGAAUACUCUUGGAAUAAGAAUAUCAAGCCAGGAUAUUGUAUAUCUGAGACAUAUCCCAGUGGAAUGGGCGCAAUAGUGGGAGUUGUACAAGACGUGGCUGUAGUUGUCCUUCCGGCCGUUCAAGUCCGGAGACUACAGAUGAAGACACGACAGAAGAUGCUUGUCAUGGGCCUAUUUUGUCUGGGAGCUCUUGGCUGCCUCGCCGCCAUAGCUCGCCUCGCCUCCAUCAUUGAGAAUCGCGAUAUCAUCGAUCCAACAUGGCAGUACGCAAGCAUGGGCGCCUGGUCUGGAAUUGAGCUGGUGGUUGUGUACAUGGGUGCCUGCCUCCCGCUAAUGCGUGGCUUCCUCGGCCUCGUCUGGCCAAGGAAGUUCGGACAGGCGAAGCAGGAGCGUCACACUGCUGGCCCACCAGCGGACCACUCAGGCGGUUCCGCCGGGCCAGCGCUGGCCCAUGAGAUGACCCAGUUGGAUCAUACAGCUCUACCGUCCCAUGAAAGAAGGAGUGCCUGGGAUCAAGAGUCAUCGGAUUCAACGGACAGGACGGCGCAGGCCUCCCACGAUUAUAUCGCUGGGUCAAGUUGA